GUAGCCUCUUCACCCUCCCUCUCGAAUUGCUCUGCAUCCACUCAACACGUGCCGAUGCCAUUCUCUCCUGCAGAUUGGCCUUGCAUUGGCUUCGAUCACCCUUCUGAACAGUCUUCCAGGCGCCUUCUAGGUUUUCUAGCCCUGAAGCUGAUUUGUUACCUUCUCACUGGACAACAUGUUGCGGUGUACAGGAUAGUACAGUAGAAUACAGCACAGCACGGCACAGCACAACGCAUUGUACGUUGUGCAUCCCACACAUCUGGGUAUCUUCACCGCAAAGUGGGCGUUAGACGUCAGAUGCAGGUCAUUGUUGUACAUACAGGAUCUUGCGGCCUUAGACGACAUCGGGGUCUAAAUUGCGAUGGAAAAUUGAAACAAAACAAUUAAAUGCCCGCGCUUUGCGUGAAGAAAGGGCUCAGACUCAAACAGGCCAAGCCACCUACGCAAUAAAGCCCUGAGUUGCUGCUGUCAGUGUCUCACGGGACUGUUGCUUCGUUCGAGUUCGUUGCACCGCUAGGUUGGGGAAUGCCUGUGCGUCCCUUCUGCUGGCGAAGUGCAUACUCGGAAGGGAAAAGUCGCAAUUAUACAGUACAGUAUACGAUAAAAAUACAGUUCAGAAGAGGAGGGAUAGGCAAUACCCAACUGAAAGUUGGGGUUUGUUUAGUGGCUGAUCUUCAGUGUCACCAGUUUCAUUUCCAACGUCAGUGCAGGCCUUUCCUUGAGGCUUCAGGUGGAAGUCAGAUGCAGAUGUGGAGGGGACUUUUUAGUGCCCAUGCCCAUUGUUUCCCGCGGGAACAACCCGGCCGGUAUGUAUCUUUUGGUUUGUCUAUCGCUGCAAGGUACUUACUUACUUUACUUGCCUAUACUUUGAGCCAAGCAAUUGCGUGACGAGGCCUCUGUUUCGCCCUCUCCGACCAGGCGACGUCUUGUUCCGGUAGUCGGUGGUACAAACCGACGUCGACGAAUUGAGGCUCGAGCCGCGAUGUCGUACAAUCGCCUUUUUGCUUUUUGCCUGUUGCUAAUCGAGAAAAACGUCCGAAGGGAUCACGGAAACAAAUAGAGUUUCCGCGAAACAUAACGUUUGAGGCUGCUUUUCGCCCUUAUGUCACGGAAUCGAGACGGAAGUUCCGCGAAGAAUGUCCAUUACGUAGCUCCUCCGGAGGGCUGAGACUUUGUGUCUCUGGCUGCGUAUGUGUGUGUGUGUGUGUGUCUGCCUCUGUCUGCCUGCCUACCUGUCUCAUAUCGAGUGUGUCGGUGUCGGUGUCGCACCGAUAUUUAAUAUGGAAAUCGCCGUUUUGGGCAUACAAGACCGUGACGCCACCCCGGCUCUUGAGAAGAGAGACAAGAGAAACGGCACGGCACUGGACAGGACAGGACAGGACAGGACAGGACGGAACAUUUACUGUACCUCGGGACUGUAUCUCGGAGCCUGCCUGUUCGUUCAAGCCUAACCUGAGACUAAAGUUUGUGCUUGCUCCCUCGGAAUCGCAAAAGUCCAUGUUUAGAAUACGCAUGUGGCCGUAUGAGAUUGUGUCAAGCUGUCAUUGCGAGACAAGGGCCAUAUGGUAUGGAUGGGCCACGUGCGUGUCCAUGCAGUUUCGCCACGAUCUUUUACAAGAUUGGAAAAAAUUGCACUUGAGAGCGUGGGAGGCAAAAGCAAGUAUCUCAAGUCACUCUACUUGGUAUUGUUGCGGCUCAAUGUUGCGAAUUUUCCCUGCUCGAGAUCUCCCGCAACCGCAAGGGGCUCGAGCAGUGACAUGUGCGAUGCAACGCAACUGAGAAAUGAUAUAGUUGUAGUCAAGGUGGACAACUGACGUCUUUGGGCAGGGUAAAAGGGAGCUACGUGGUGAGUAGCAUAAGGAUCGGUUUGGUAUCAACAUGCAUGCCUGUCGUCUGCUAGAACAGCUUUUUACUGUACCCCUUGGCACAUAGGGGGAUAAUCAACUAGACCAUUAGCAGUAAAAGCGCUGGAACGAUAUCAGAUAUCCUCCUCCCUGGUCCAUGGGUUUAACCGUACACUGUAAGUGGGGGACCCUCAGACUGCCCAAUGCUCGACACUCCCACUCCCUCUUUGGGACUCUGAGCCAUGUGCGUGACGGGAACAUGGCGGUGGAGAUGCAGUCUCGAUGUAACUCUCCUACGUAUGUAGAAGACGCUUACCAGUAAUUACCAGUAAUGAAAAGAGAAGGAUAAUUUUAAAAACAACAACAACACCACGUACAUACAGCACAGUACAGCAAACGUACACCCCCUGGUAGAUAUGGGAAUAUGCCAUUAAUUAUAGGUCGAAAUUGGACAAGGGUCCGUACAGGG